UUUCAUGUUUCUACAGGACUACGGAAUUAUCAACAUUCUAAGGAUCGUGUGCCUCUGUAGUCUGUGAUCUCAUGAAUAAUGAUUAAUGAGUAAUGACUAAUAUAUUUAUCAUAUGUCUUAUUCCUAUAUAGUGUUUUUCUUGUACGUUAGCUGUAAUUAUUAUUGUCAACGUUGAACAUUCGAUUCAAGAUCGUGAAUUGAAAACAUUACUCGCUUAGCUAGAAAGAUUAUUUUUAAUUAUUAUUGUUUAUACACAAUGAUGUCCUUCAAUUUCGUUUACGUUUCUUAAUUCAAUACCUAUUUCAAUAAAAGAAAACUAAAUCGUUUAAAUAAGAUGGCACAAAUUCCCGAAUGCCCGGAAAGUUUAAAGAAGAUUCAACAUCAUCUUAAAAUUGCUUUAGAACACGAUUCUAAAGAUCCAGUAAUCAGUUAUUGGUGUCGACUAUAUGCCCUACAAACUGCAUUGGCACUUGAUAAAUCAUCAAAAGAUGCAAAAAUGUUUUUAGUAUCUCUAAUGGAUUGGUUGGAAAAACAAAAAAAUAAUUUAAAAGAUAAUGAUAUGAUCACAAUUGAGACUGCUGCUCAAGCACAUAUAGAAAAUUAUGCAGUAAAAUUGUUUAAUUUUGCUGAUGGAAUGGAUCGCCAGGCAAAUUAUAAUAAGAAUAUAGUUAAAUUGUUUUUUACUGCUGGACUACUUAUGGAUGUCCUAAGUGUAUUUGGGGAUGUUUCUGAAGAGAUCACAAAUACUCAAAAAUAUGCAAAAUGGAAGGCAACAUACAUUCAUAAUUGCAUGAAAAAUGGGGAGACUCCUACUCCUGGACCACCAGUAACAGAAAGUGGACAAAUUGGUUUCAACAUUCCAAAUCAAAGUGAAGACAUUCAACAACCAACAAAUAAUUUUGUUCCUGUUACUCCUACUACACAUACAUAUGAAGAUUAUCCUGCAUCGACUCCUAAUGAGUAUCAGAAAAUACCUAAUAUGUCCACGAUUAGUCCAACAGAAAUACAGCCAAUUGUAUCAGAAAGACCAGCUUUACUCAGAGAUGGAAUACAACUAUCACCAUCACAAAUCACUAAAGCACAAAAAUAUUGCAAGUUUGCUGCUAGUGCAUUAACCUAUGAUGAUGUUUCCGAGUCCAUUGCUAAUUUACAAAAAGCACUGAAGUUACUUACAACUGGUGAAGAUUCAUAAUUAUUAUUUACUAAUUAUUAAAAUAGUGUUAAAAAAAUGUAUACAUUGUUUUAAAAUUAUUAUUUUUAUUUUUAAUAUACAUGACGUUUAAAUGGAUCAAAAAAAAAAAAAAAAA